AUGGAUGGUGAUAUAUCAAGGAAGAGUUAUGUAGAAAUAUUAAAAUAUUACAGUAAAGAUGAGAAUAAAUUAGGAGGACAUAAUUUUGGGAAGAAUAAAAAAAAGGAUUUAAAUAAAUAUGAUAUAUAUUAUAAAGAUUAUUUAUAUGAUUACUAUAAAGAAUGUAAUAAUAAUAUUAAUAAUAAUAGUAGUAGUUAUUAUAAUAAAUUCAAUACAGAAUAUACAGAUUGUUUAAAAACAGAUAAUUCAUUUUUCAUGACAACUUUAAGUAAUUUAAAAAAAGAUAAUGAUGAUAAUGAUGUAGAUUGUAUUAACAAAGGUGGUAGUUAUAGUAGUAAUAAUAAUAAUAAUAAUUUUUGCUUAAAUGUUGAAAUGUUGUUUUCUUUUUUAUUUUGUAAAAAGAAGAAUUAUUUUUAUAAUAUAAAAAAUAAAUAUUUCAAUGAAAAAUUUUAUCAAACCAAUAAUAAUAUUAAGAAGAAAAGAAAGAAAAAAAAAAAAAAAAAAAAAAAAAAGGAAAAAAAAAAUGUACAUGAAGAUAAACAAAUAUAUGAUGAAUAUGAUGAUGAAGAAGAAAAUAAAAAUAAAUUUUUAUAUAAUAUAAAAAAAUAUCAAAAAAAAAAAAAAUAUUAUAUUAAUAAAGAAUAUUAUUAUGUUAAAAAUUAUUAUCAUGAUAUAAAGAAAAAUAUUAAAUUAGAUAAACAAAAAAAUAAUAAUACAUGUACUAUAUGCUUUAUUAAUAAUAAUAAUAAAUAUAUAGAAAGAUGUACAUUAUGCUUUGUACAUUUUCAUGUAUAUUGUUAUAAAACAUAUUGUGAUGAUUUUAAUUUGAAUAAUUUUAUUUGUGAUUUUUGUAAAUAUAAUAUAAAACAUAAUCAUAUAUAUAAUGAAAACAAAUAUAACCAAACAAUUCAUAAAACAAAUAAUAAUAAUUAUAGAUAUAAUUGUUUUAUACAAAAAAAAAAAAAAAAUUCUUAUAUGAAUCAAGAUUCCCUUUUUUCAAAUUAUAUAGACAGCUCACAUGAAAACGAUUAUAAAAAAUAUUCUUUUGCCUAUCCAUAUAAUUAUAAUAUGAAUAAACAAAAUGAUGAUGAAAAUUCUAAAGCUUGUCAAAAUAUGAAUUCCUAUGAUGAUGACCAACAUGUGUGUCAUUUAAAAAGAAGAAUAAAAAAUAAACAUAAAUGGUUUUGUAAAAAAAAAAAUGUAUUUGAAUAUUUCACGGAUCAUGAUUUUAUUAGCACAAGGGAAUAUCUUAAUAAAGAAGGGGGUGAUGAGAAAAAAAAUAAAAGAAAAAGAAAAUAUAUAAAAUAUAACACAAAAGGGAAUACAAAAGGGAAUACAAAAGGGAACACACAAGAGAACAUACAAAAUAACACACAAGAGAACAUACAAGAAAACAUACAAAAUAACACACAAAAUAACACACAAAAUAACACACAAAAUAACACACAAAAUAACACACAAAAUAACACACAAGGAAACAUUAAGGAUAACAUUAUAUAUCACAUGAAUGAUCUUAUUAAUAACCACAUUAGCGAUAAUACACCCAAUCACAUAUACAAUGUACAGAAUAAAGAACAUCCGUUUUGUAGUGAGUACAUUCCCAUGUAUGAUAAUGAAUACUUUUCCGAAACAAUUUAUAAUAAUAAUAACACACAUUUAAACAAAUGUUGUAAUAUAUACCAAGAGGAAGAAAAUAUGAUUAAUAGUUUUCUUUUAAAAAAAUCUAGUUUUAAUAAAUAUUGUGAUAAAUCAAAUAAUUCACUAAAAAGAAAGUUUACAGAUUUAUCGAAAGAUAAGGAGAAAAGAAUAUUUUGUAUGAUAUGUAAAAAUAUGAAUACAAAUGUUCUUAUGAAAAAGAAAGGAAAGGAUGAGUGGUACCAUGUGUGUUGUUUAUAUUAUAAUAAUAUUACAAGAAAUAAUUGUAUAUAUCAUAUAUAUGUAGAGCAUUUCUUUUUUAAUCAUUAUAAUGAGGAUUAUUUUGUAAAUAUGUUUGGAAGUUUAAAAUAUAUUAAUGAAAUUAUAAUAAAAAAAAUAAAAGAUGAAUUAUUAAAAAAUUAUAAUAUUCUCGCACAUAGUCAUUUCUUUAAUUUUCUUAUGAAUCCUUAUUAUUAUAAUUUAACAUUUAAACAAAUCAAAAAUUUAAUCUUUUCAAAUUUUAUUUUAAAUAAUAAUACAUUGUAUUCGAAUUAUCAGUCUUUAUCAUACCAGUCCUUAAAUCAAACACGUAGAAAGAGAAUAGAGGAAAGUAGAAGCAUCUCCCAAGGGAAUCAUAAUGAAAUAUAUGGAGCAAGCAUAAAGUGUGCGCAAAACGGUGUACGUGAUAAUAAGUUGGAUGGGAAUCACGACAAUGAUAAGAAGGAUGAUAAUAAAAAGGAUGGUGAUAAGAAGGAUGAUAAUAAAAAGGAUGGUGAUAAGAAGGAUGAUGAUAAAAAGGGUGAUGAUAAAUAUGAUGAUGGUGAUGAUAAAUAUGAUGAUGAUGAUAACAAAUAUGAUGAUGAUGAUGACAUAUAUGACGAUGAUGAUGAUUUUAAUUUCGAUCAUGACAGCGAAACGUCGAAAAGAUUAUCAAAUUACGAUUCCCUUUUAAAAGAUAAGAAAAAAGGAUCCAUAUUAAAAAAAGAAGAUACAUUGAAGUGUUCUAAAAUGAUAAAUGUACAAGAAAAAGAAAAAUCAUCAAAAAUGUAUUGCAUGAAUACUAAUAAUUGUAAUGUCGUUAAGGAAAAGAAUUAUUUUGUAAAUGAUUAUAUGCAUAUCAUAAACAAUCUUAGUGAUCAUGAAAUGAAUAUAAAUAUGAUGAAAUCACCAGGAUAUAAUAACUUAUUUAAAGAUGUCGAACAUUUUAUACAUAAAAGAGAUUUUAUUAAUUUAAAUAUAUUAAAACUUAUUAAAGAAAAAAUUAUACAAGUGUUACAAAAUAAUUAUAAACAAGUAUGUGUUUUUUGUAAAAAGACGACAGGAAUAAAAACCAAAUGUAUGUUCCCCUCGUGCUCGACAUAUUUUCAUAUAUAUUGUUAUUAUAAUAAAUAUAUGCAGCAUGUGAGGAAAAAAAAAAACGACCUUCAGUGUGCUAGCCAAAAAAAAAGUAGAAAGAAUCAGCGCGCAGCAUCUGUGAAAAGAAGAGGAGCGGAAGGAAAGGAUAAGAAAGAUGGUUCAAGAUCCUUGGAUAGAAAGAAAGACAAGGUUACUAGGAGGAGUAACAAAUAUGAAGAGAGUGCUAAUGAUAGUGAUGGGAAAAAAAAUAAUGGGGACGACAAAAAAAAAGGUGAUAACAUUGGAAAGAAUAAUAAUAAUAAUAAUAAUAAUAAUGAUGAUGAUAGUAAUAAUAAUGGUGAUGAUAGUAAUAAUAAUGGUGAUGAUAGUAAUAAUAAUGGUGAUGGUAAUAAUAAUAUUAAUGGUGAUGGUAAUAAUAAUAUUAAUGGUGAUGGUAAUAAUAAUAUUAAUGGUGAUGGUAAUAAUAAUAAUGAUUGUUUAGAAGAGAAAAAUCAAGGAGAUAACCAAAAAAAAAGAAAAAGAAACAAACGAGGACGUAAUAAUAAUGAUGAUACAUCUUCUUUAGUCUUGUUAAAUAAAGAUGAUUCCAGGCAAAAAAAAAAAAACAAAUAUGGAAAAGACCAUAGUGAUCAAGAAAAGGAUAGCCCUAGUAAGAUUAAUAAUAGAUCCAAGAGAAAUAAAGUAAAAAAAGAUAAAGAAGUAGGUAACAUAAAUGAUGAUAAAAUAAAUAAUAACACAAAUGAUGAUAAUAAAAAUAAUAACAUAAAUGGUGAUAAUAAAAAUAAUAACAUAAAUGGUGAUAAUAAAAAUAAUAACAUAAAUGGUGAUAAAAUAAAUAAUAACAUAAAUGGUGAUAAAAUAAAUAAUAACAUAAAUGGUGAUAAAAUAAGUAAAAAUUAUCAUAGUCAUAAUUAUGACAAUGAAGAAAUUACACACGAACAAAAAAAUAAUUUUAACAAGAAUAAAAAUACUAAAAGAUACAGAAAAAGUAUUAAUGAUAAAGAAAUGAAUGAUAUAUUAAAUAAUAAAAAUAAUGAUACGGAUAAAAAAUUAAAUAAAUAUAAUUUUUUAAUGGAGUAUCAAAAAAUUAUUUCUUCUGAUAAAAUAACAAGUGGCAUAAGUAAUAAUAUGAAAGAUAUUAAAAAUAUUAAAGAUAUUAAAGAUAUAAAAGAUAUUAAAAAUAUUAAAGAUAUAAAAGAUAUAAAAGAUAUAAAAGAUAUAAAAGAUAUAAAAGAUAUUAAAAAUGUUAAAAAUAUUAAAGAUAUUAAAAGUAAUGAAGACAUCAAAGAUAUUAAAGAUGUGAACGAUGUGUCAUCCGUCCAUUUAAACAAAUGUGUUAAUAACAAAAGCGACACACAAGAUUUUUGCCCAAGUGAUGAUAAAAAUAUAAAUAAUAUCAUAAAAAAAAAUAAAAUAAAUAUAAAAACGGAUCAGGUGUAUAAUCCUCUAGUUGAUUCGUCUUCUUCGUCUACAGAUUGUAACAAAAAUUAUAAAAAGAAAGAAAAGGCGGUGAAAAAAAUUGGAUGGAACAUAAAAAAUAUAAAGCUCCACAACAACAACAAUAAUAAUAAUAACAAUAAUAAUAAUAAUAAUAAUAAUAAUAAUAUCAGCAGUAAUAAUGUUGUGCAGGAAGAUUACAAAAUGAAAGGCAAAGGUAGUCAUAAAAAAAAUGAAAAACAUAGUACUAAUUAUAAUCAAGAUGAUAUUUAUUAUGAUAACGAUUUUUCUUCUAUCUGUUCUUUAUUAUCUUCAUCCUUGUCGACAAAUAAUGAUAUAGAUUCAUCGUAUGUAUCUAAUAAUUCUUUAUAUAAUUCAUCAUCCAUGUUUUCUAAUGACGAUUGUUUUUCACUAUGUUAUUCAUCAGUAUCUUCUUCUUAUGAAUAUGAUGACAUAAAUAAUGUAAAUUUAAAAAAUAAAAUACAUAAUUUUCCAUCCUUUUAUAAGAACGAAUUAAAUAAUAAUAACAAUAAUAAUAAUAAUAAUAAUAAUAAUAAUAAUAAUAAUGAAUGUCAUAAUUAUAAUCGUAAACACCAUUGUACUCAUAGUCGUGAUCUUAGUUGUAGUAGUAGAAGCUUCUGGGGUUCGUUAUAUAAUACAUCUGAUAACAUAAGCGAAUCCGAGAUAUCCAAUAAUUUGAGCUUUUCAUCUGACAAGUCAGAAAAUUACUGCUCUUCAAUUUCAGAUCAUGAAAUAGAAAAAGAUGUAACUAUAUAUCGAAAUACAUAUCAUAGAAUUAUUAAUAGAUGGAAAGAUGGAAAGAAAAAUACAGGAAGUAAAAAAAGAGAUAUGAGUAAUAAGAAAGGUGACAAAAGUUGUAAUAAAAAAAAUAUAUGUGAUAAUAAAAAAAAUAUAUAUGACAAUAAAAAAUUAAUAUAUGAUAAUAAGGACUCAUCUACUGAUGCACCUGUUGAAAAUAUUGACCAUCUUAUAGAGAAAGAAGAAAUAGAUAAUAUUUUAAACAACUUGGGUCUUUAUACUUAUAAUUUAAAAAAUAAUAAUAAUAAUAACGUAUAUAUGAAGACAAUAAAAUUAACGUUAUGUUGUACACAUAGUAAUGAGCAUGAUACGAAAGCUGUUAUGAAUAUUAAAUUAAAUACUUUGAACAAUAAAAAAUAUAAUAAUAUAAAUUGUAUUUUUUAUCAUUAUUAUAACUCCUUUUUACAUUCCUUAUUUUAUUCAGAUGAAUAUAUUGAGCUUAUAAGAAAGGAGGAACGUAAAGAAGAUAUUGAAAAGGAAAAAAUAAAAAGAGGCAAAUAUUGUCAUCAAGAAGAUAGGGAUGAUAACAUGAAUAAUAAUGAUAAUAAUGAUAACAAUAAUAAUAAUGAUAACAAUAAUAAUAAUGAUAACAAUAAUAAUAAUGAUAACAAUAAUAAUGAUAACAAUAAUAAUGAUAAUAAUAAUUCGGGUGAAGACCAAUUAAUAAAUGAGGAUAACAAAAAAAGAAAAAUAAAUAAUUUAUCGACCCAUGAACAUACACACAAUAUGAGUGAUCAUAAUAAAGAACCCAAGAAAAAAAAAAACAAAUCAAAUGAGACACAGAUAAAUGAUGAUACUAAUAAAAAGGAAACUCAUAAAAAUGAAAUAGAUCAUAAAGAACAAAAAGAUACAAAUUGUGAUAAUGGAAUAGAAGAAAAAAAAGACCAAGUAUCUAAAAGUAAUAAUAUUAUAAGUAAGGUGUUUCAUUUUUUUGAAAGGAAAAAUAAUAAUAUUAAAAAAGAUGAGCAUAAAAAGGAAUACAAUGAAAGAAAUGAUAAGAUGAGUGAAUGUGAUAUGUUAUUACAAAAUAAAAGAGAUAAUGAUCAUAAUAAUAAUAAUAAUAACAAUAAUGAUGAUGAUAAUAAUAAUAAUAACAACAAUGAUGAUGAUAAUAAUAAUAAUAACAACAAUAAUGAUGAUCAUAAUAAUAAUAACAACAAUAAUGAUGAUGAUAAUAAUAACAACAACAAUAAUGAUGAUGAUAAUAAUAAAGAUCCCACAUUAGAUGGAGAAACUCGUUCUUAUAUUGAUGAAAUAAAUCAAAAAGAAAUAAAUAUAUUUUCUAAAUAUAUAGAUAAAAUAAUUGAAAAUGUUGAAACGAAAUGUAUUAUGAAAAAUAACGUUUGUGAUGGUAUUUAUUAUUUAAUUAGACAAGAAAAUGGUUUGAAUAUUUGUCAGAAAGUUAAUAACAAUAUAAUAAAAAACAAAAUGAAGCAAGAAAAGUUUUAUAAAAAAAAAAAACAAAAUAAAAAUAAUCACAAGAACAAGAACAAGAACAAGUACAAUUAUGAUAUAAAUAUUUUUAAUAAUGUUCCUGUGGAUAUACAAAAAAGAAAUUAUAUAAAUACUAAUAUUAUAAACAUUAAUAAUAAUAAUAAUAAUAAUAGUAAUAGUAAUCAUAGUAAUCAUAAUAAUAAUAGUAAUCAUAUAAACCUAAGUGAUUUAAAAAAAAAAAUUAAUAUUAAUAAAUAUACAUACUUAUUCUAUCGUCUUCCUUUAUUUUUAUUUGGAGAUAAAUAUAUUAACGAUAUAGAUGAUGUCAAAAGCAUUUAUAUGAUUAAAAAUUUUUUUAAUCAAUAUAAUGAUGUUACAAACACAUCCAAUAAUAUUUUGUAUGUUAUAGAUUUAUUAAAAAAAUAUAAUACCAACCAUAAUAUUUUAAAAAAAAAUAAUAUGAUCCAGUCACCAAAGAAUUAUAUUUGUGAAAAAGAAGAACAAUCUAACGAUCCUGCAAAAAAUACUCAUGUACCUUUUAAUCAUAAUGCACUGGACACAUCACACCCACCAGUGGAUACAACAAAUACAAAUUUGUUGAGUGAUGUUAAUAUAGAAACAAAUGAAAUACAGGAGCACAUAAAUAAUAACAUCCGUAAUGAUCAUAAUAAUGUAAUAAACAACCAACAAAUGGAACCUAAAAAUAAUAAUACUCCUAAUGAGGAAAAGAUUAUUUUAGAAUCGACAACGCAAAGGAGUGAACAAAGAAUGGAAGACCGUGAUGAGGAAGAUGGUAAAAGUGGAGAAGAUACUCGUUUGGUAGAUGUAGAAACGAAAGUGGUAGAUGUAGAAACGAAAGUGGUAGAUGUAGAAACGAAAGUGGUAGAUGUAGAAACGAAAGUGGUAGAUGUAGAAACGAAAGUGGUAGAUGUAGAAACGAAAGUGACAGAUGUAGAAACGAAAGUUACAGAUGUAGACCACAAAAUGGUAGAUGUAGAAACGAAAGUGACAGAUGUAGACCACAAAGUGGUAGAUGUAGACCACAAAGUGGUAGAUGUAGACCACAAAAUGGUAGAUGUAGACCACAAAAUGGUAGAUGUAGACCACAAAAUGGUAGAUGUAGACCACAAAAUGGUAGAUGUAGACCACAAAAUGGUAGAUGUAGACCACAAAAUGGUAGAUGUAGACCACAAAAUGGUAGAUGUAGACCACAAAGUGGUAGAUGUAGACCACAAUGUGGUAGAUGUCCAAACUAUAGAUGCACCAAAUAGGAAGCCUAUAAUUGACGAUUGCAUGAAAAUAAAAAAAAUGAAAAAGAAGAAAAAAAGCGAAACGCUUGUUCAAGAGAACGAGUUGUCUUGUUACCCUAAUAAGAAUGUAAAUGUAAUAUUUUCUUUAUUUGACAACGGUAACAAUUGUUAUUUGUUAAUAUAUGAAUCCGAGAAAGAUAAUAAGAAGAAGAGUGGUAAAAAUAAAGCACUAAAAACAAAGAAGGAUUAUAAUAAUAUAGAUUAUUUUUUUAAGGAUUUAUAUCACAAAAUACAUGAGAUUAAUUUAAAUGAGGGUUCCUAUAAAAUAUUAAAAGAUAUAUAUUUUAGUAUGUUGUAUAAUAUGAAUAAUAUGAAGAAUUGUGGUAUUCAGUACUUAAACAGGAUGAAUAGACAUAGUUAUAAUAAGAAGGUGAGUAAAGGAAGUAUUAGUUCGAAUAUAAAUAAUAAUAUAAAUAAUAAUAUAAAUAAUAUAAAUAAUAAUAAUAUGAACAAUAAUAUGAACAAUAAUUUGAUUAAUUAUCAACAUAAUUAUAAUAGUAAUAAUUUUCAGUAUAACGAAGAAAUAAAUUAUAUAAAAUUUAAUGAAACUAUAUUAAAUAAAAAUACUUUAAAUAAUUUGUUAAAAAAUUUUGGUUGUUUAAAUAUUUCAAAGAGUGCUCAUAUAAAGUUGGUAAAUAUAUUAGAAUUAAGUUAUUAUGAUUAUAUAUUUUUGAAAACCCAUAAAAUAUUUUUUUCAAAAAAAGGAGUUAAAAUAUAUGAUCAUAGUAAUAAUUUAUAUAACUUUCAAGAAAAUAUGAAUGACUCUGUUGAAAAAAACACAAAAGAAACAAACAAAUUAUUUAAGAAAAAAUUUCGAUAUUUAUCAUUAAAAUUAAAAAAUAUUUUAAUGUCUCAUUGUGCUGGAGGCCUAAAAACUAACCAUAACAAGAAAAUUGGAAAGCUGAAAGGUAAUAGUACCCAUAAUAAUAAUAAUAGGAAUAAUUAUUAUUAUAAUAAUACGUUGAAUAUAAGAGGACUAGCUUCAAAUAAUAAAAAUAAUGACAUGGAAAAUAUUAUAAUGACAUAUAAAAAGAAUAAUAUAAUAAAAAAUGAAACAUUAAAUAUUGUAACAAAUAAAGGAUUGUUAUGUUUAAAUAGGGAAGGUGACCAUCAAGUACGUUUUGAGACUCCUCUAGAUAUUAAUAUAAAUAGAAAGUAUGUAGAGAAAAAUAAUAACACAUCACAUGGUAUAUUAAAUAUGUAUAAUAUGUAUAAUAUGCAUAAUAUGUAUAAUACAUAUAGUGUACAUGGUAUUCGUGAUAAAAAUUGUAAUGCCCAAUUAUAUAAUGAUACAAACCUUUUUAAUAACAUGAAAAAAUUUCCCAAAAGUGGAGAAGAAAAUUGUGUAGAAGAUAUAAAUCAAAUCGACAGCAAAAUUUUAACAAGUGAUCAAAAAAAAAAUAAUUUGAAUAUGAACAAAAAUAUGAAAUAUAAAAAUACAUUAUCAAAAGGUGUAAAAAAAACAUUAUAUUGUAAAAAGAAAGGAAAAAAUAAAAAAGGUAAUACGAAUAAAUAUAAUGUCCUAAUUAAAACAGCUUCUUUAUCAUCUCCAUUACCAUCAUAUAUGAAUACAAUAAAUUUAUUAAAUAAUAAUAAUAAUAUAUCACAUAAUAAUAAUAAUAUUUUAAUAUUACUUAUGAAUGAAUAUUUAUUAAAUAAAGAUAACGAUAUUAAUGAUUAUAAUAUAAAAGAAUAUUUAAAUGAAAUAUUAAACAAAUAUAAUAAAUUUAAUUUUUAUGAAAAUAAUUAUGAUAUAAUUAAAUAUAGUACUUUUGUUGAUCACAAAAUUGUACCUUCAGUUUCUUCUUUCAGUGUAUUUGAUCUUUAUAAAUUAUUUUUUUUUGAUCAUAAAGAACUUGAUAAAAUAAAUAAUGAACAAGACAAAAUGAAAUAUAUAAAUGAUGUUCUAUUUAAUAAAAAUGCAUUAUUAAAUUUUAGAAACUUUAUAAUGAAAAAAAAACAUAUUGAUUAUGUAAAAAAAAGUUUUAAUUAUAAAAAUAUUACUGAUAUAGCAAACUCAUAUCUUAUAGAUAUAUAUCAUAUUUUAUCCUUUGAAAAAAAUCAAAAAUUAUUUUUUAAUAAAAUUAAUAACAACAGGCCUACCCAGGAAAUACAAACUAUCAUACAUACAAAUAAAAAUAGCACCAUAGUAUAUGAUACAAACAAAACAGAACAAGACGUUUGUAAAAUUUUAACAAAAACUCAGGACCACCAAAAUAACAUAAAUCAUACUAAUCAUGUGCACACUAAUGAUGUGAAGGAUAUAGAUAAGAAAAAGAACAAAAAGAAAUCUGUUAAAAAUGUACAUAUGGAUAUGGACCAUGUUGAUGAUAUAAAAAGUAUCCACGUGAAUAACACAAAUAAAAUGAAUAACACAAAUAAAAUGAAUAACACAAAUAAAAUGAAUAACACAAAUAAAAUGAAUAACACAAAUAAAAUGAAUAACACAAUCCAAAUGAAUAAUAUAAAAAUUAAUAGUCCUAAUGAUGCUACUCCUUAUAUACAUACUACUACUCAACCUUAUGAAAGCAUAAAUUGUUAUGCUGGCCUUGUUCGUAAUACAUGUAGUACGGAUAAAAUUAACACGAAUGAUGUGAAUGUUAAAAGGGAAAAUGUAAGUAAAAAUGAUCUUCAAGAUGUGAAAGACGAUAAUGAUAAAACAAGAAAUGGUGACAUAGGAAUAAAUGAUGAAAUAAGAAGAAAUGGUGACAUAGGAAUAAAUGGUAACAUAGGAAUAAAUGGUAACAUAGGAAUAAAUGGUAACAUAGGAAUAAAUGAUGACAUAGGAAUAAAUGAUGAAAUAAAAAGAAAUAUUCCUUUUUAUAUUAAUAGUAAUAAUAAUAAUAAUAAUAAUAAUUAUUAUUAUUAUAAUAAUUAUGCUUAUUUUAAUAUCGUAAACCAGAAUGUACACAACCCUUAUGGUAAUUUAUUUGAUAAUCAAUAUAAAUAUGAAGAUGAAAACUUUGAACUUUUAAUUAAUAAGAAUUAUACGAACCUAAAAAAUUUAUAUGACUAUAUAAGCGAUGAAAUUGUUAAAAAUAAAAUUUAUUUAAUAAGCAAUAUUAUAGAAGAAAAUCAUACAUACAAUAUUUCGGAUAUGCCUGUGUAUGUUAAUUUUGUAUACUAUAAAUAUUCAUGUGUUACGAAUUGGGUUAAUCUAGUUAAUAAUUUAAAAGAUAGUUUUGAUAAAGAAGAAACCUUCUUUCGAAAAUAUAAUAUCGUAAGUAAGGGAGACAUGAAGGAUAAGGAGGAUACCAAGAAUCAAACUAUUAAAGAGAAAGGAGGUGAUAUAAAGAAGAAGGAUGAUAUAAAGAAGAAGGAUGAUAUAAAGAAGGAUGAUAUAAAGAUGGAUGAUAUAAAGAUGGAUGAUGUAAAGGAUGAUAUAAAGAAGGAUGAUAUAAAGAAGGAUGAUAUAAAGAAGGAUGAUAUAAAGAUGGAUGAUGUAAAGGAUGAUAUAAAGAAGGAUGAUGUAAAGGAUGAUAUAAAGAAGGAUGAUAUAAAGAUGGAUGAUGUAAAGGAUGAUAUAAAGAAGGAUGAUAUAAAGAAGGAUGAUAUAAAGAAGGAUGAUAUAAAGAUGGAUGAUGUAAAGGAUGAUAUAAAGAAGGAUGAUAUAAAGAAGGAUGAUAUAAAGAAGGAUGAUAUAAAGAUGGAUGAUGUAAAGGAUGAUGUAAAGGAUGAUAUAAAGAAGGAUGAUAUAAAGAAGAAGGAUGAUAUAAAGAAGGAUGAUAUAAAGAAGGAUGAUAUAAAGAUGGAUGAUGUAAAGGAUGAUAUAAAGAAGGAUGAUAUAAAGAAGAAGGAUGAUAUAAAGAAGGAUGAUAUAAAGAUGGAUGAUGUAAAGGAUGAUAUAAAGAAGGAUGAUAUAAAGAAGAAGGAUGAUAUAAAGAAGGAUGAUAUAAAGAUGGAUGAUGUAAAGGAUGAUAUAAAGAAGAAGGAUGAUAUAGGACAAAGUACAUAUCACGUUAAGGAACAAAACGAAGAAGUGAAAAAUGUAAUAAAAACACCAUGUCCUGAUAAAUGUAUAAAUAAUGAUAAUAAUAUUAUAAAAACAGAAGAAAAAAUUGAUGAAAAAAAAAAAAAAGAGGAUGAUAAUAAUAAUAAUAAUAAUAAUAAUAAUAAUAAUAAUAAUAAAAAUAAAAAGAUAGAAUCCGAGAGCGUCGAAAAAACAAGCAACAAUAUGUGCAGUGUAUGCUUUAAUAUACAAGAUGGAAAUAUUAACAUUUUAUAUAAGUGUACAAAAUGUAAUAUAUAUGUUCAUAAAUAUUGUUAUGGUAUAUAUCCCAAAAACAAAAGUGAAGAUUUUUUAUGUGAUAAAUGUAUGUUUAAUAAAUAUGUAAGGAAAUUAUUUUCAAAUGAUGAUAUUAAUAAUAAUAAUAAAAGUUCUUCAACAAAUAUAAAAAAAAAAAAGAAAAGUAGUAAGGCAAAUAAUACUGUGAGUAAUGCAACCUCCUUGAAGAAACAAGAACAUCUUUUAUUAACAUCAGAAAAUAAUAUUAUAAUAAAAAAUGACAACAUGAAUGAAGAAAAUAAUAACAUCAAUAAUAAUAAUGAUAAUAUUUUGAGUGCUUGUCGUGAUAAUUCAAAUAUUGUAACAUCACUUCAAAAUAAUCAUAUGAAUACCGAUAUAAUAACAUCUCUUAAUAAUAACUCCUUGCAUGCUAAUAUAAAUAAUUUAUUUUAUAAUUAUUGUUGUAUAUGUAAAAAAUCAGGAGGGGCCUUGAAGAAAACAACAUCAAAAACGUUUGUACAUCUUUUCUGUGUUAUCUUUUUUAUUUCAAACGUUUUCUGUUAUAAUAUAUAUAAUAUGAAUUAUUGGAACGUUAAUCAACUGAAAGAUUAUGAACAUGUCUGUGAUAUAUGUAACAAGACAGGUGCCGUCAUACAAUGUUCGUAUGACCACGAGAAAUUAAAAAGUGGAGAUAAUAAAUGUGGAGAUAAUAAAUGUGGAGAUGAUAAAUGUGGAGAUGAUAAAUGUGGAGAUGAUAAAUGUGGAGAUGAUAAAUGUGGAGAUGAUAAAUGUGGAGAUGAUAAAUGUGGAGAUGAUAAAUGUGGAGAUGAUAAAUGUGGAGAUGAUAAAUGUGGAGAUGAUAAAUGUGGAGAUAAUAAAUGUGGAGAUAAUAAAUGUGGAGAUAAUAAAUGUGGAGAUAAUAAAUGUGGAGAUAAUAAAUGUGGAGAUAAUAAAUGUGGAGAUAAUAAAUGUGGAGAUAAUAAAUGUGGAGAUAAUAAAUGUGGAGAUAAUAAAUGUGGAGAUAAUAAAUGUGGAGAUAAUAAAUGUGGAGAUAAUAAAUGUGGAGAUAAUAAAUGUGGAGAUAAUAAAUGUGGAGAUAAUAAAUGUGGAGAUAAUAAAUGUGGAGAUAAUAAAUGUGGAGAUAAUAAAUGUGGAGAUAAUAAUAAGUGUAAAAAAUACUAUCAUCCACUAUGUGCUUAUUUAGAAGGAUAUUAUAUGGAUGUUGAGGUACAUGACGAUCAAUAUAUUACAACUUUUUUUUAUGAUAAUUGCUUUUCACAUAUCGAUAUAAAAACAUAUUGUAAUGAUCAUACUCCAAUGAAUUCUUAUCAAGAUAGAAACAUUAUAAAGGAAACAAGAAACAAGUGUUAUGAAAGUAAUAAUAUAUCGUAUAUGUUUCAAAUAUAUAAUAAUAAUAUGAUGAUGAACAAAAAAUAA